UUACGAAAUUGCGGGGAGAGAAGAAAGGGUUUUGCGUUUGAGAGAGGCGCCAAAGUUUGGUGUUAUAAUUUAUUCAGGGACGUAUGGUACCUCGUUGAACAGAACUCAGGAGUUUGAGAACUCACAACUCCUCGCCCUGGCCAUAGUUUUGAAAGUCGAGAUUAGAAAGAGAAAUUAAUGAAGUUUCCUUCUGGUUUUUGGAUUGUGGACGUUCCGGAGCCUGAGUCAGAGAGAGGCUGCUCAGGGCUCAGGAAGAAGAUGCAAGCCAGCCCCAUCCGCAUUCCAACCGUCAGCAAUGACACGGACUGGGACUUCUGCUUCCACUUGUCACAGCAAGCCAAGAAGCCAGCAUACCAGCAAAGAGAUGAACUGUAUUCAUCUAGCGGGUCUGGAGAGAGUGAAGAAGACACUAAGGCCACGGAGGAGAUGGCCGUAGGCUGCAUGUCUCUUCCUGAAGACAAAUUGGCCCAAUACCAGAAGAAAAUAGCUCAGCUGAUGAAGAAAAAAAUGAAUAUCCAAGCAAACAAGGAGCUGAUUCGCUGUGUCAUCCUUUCUCGGAUUAUUUUUGGGGAAGAACACUGGAAAUGUGCACAGGCUCUGGCCAGCCUGGCUUAUGGCUACCUGACACUGAGAGGCCUCCCAGCUCAGGCCAAGAAACAUGCUGAAUCUGCCAGGAGCACGCUGCUGACCUGGAAGGAAAACACGACCUCAAACACGGAGAAAAAGGAAAUCCUGGAAGCUCUGGUCAUGCUGUACUACACCGUGGGGGUGGCCUGGCUCCUACAGAACCAUGGCAGAGAGGCUUAUUUCAACCUGCAGAAGGCAGAGAGAAACAUGAAGGAGCUGAAAGAAUUAUGUGAGGGAAGUGUUCACAGAUUACAAGUCUCGGAGAAAGACCUGACAAUUGCUUUGGGCAGAGCCUCCUUGGCCGUCCACAGAUUGAACCUUGCUCUGGCAUACUUUGAAAAGGCAAUUGGCAAUGUUAUCGCUGCUAAGGGUGAUAGGACAUCAGAUCUGGUCAGUCUGUAUGAGGAGAUCGCGCAGAUCGAGCAGCUGAGGAGGAACCAUGAUCAGGCCAUCCAGUACUUGCAGCAGGCCUAUUCUAUCUGUGUAUCUUUGUUCACUGACGUCAGCCCCCAAACUGCAGAGGCAAGUGCGCUACUAGCCAAGGCUCAUGCCCUGUCUGGAAAGGCCCCACACAGGGACGCUGUGGAGAUAUAUUUUAUAAAAAGUAUCAAUGCGUAUCAAGCAACAUUGGGCCCAACGGAUUAUGAAACACUGACAACCAUUGAAGAAUUUUGCAAAUGGCUUGUCCAAAAUGGAGAAAAACAGGAAGCUUACAGACUGCUAAAGGCCUCACUGAAGUCUCAGGUCAUCAACUAUGGUGAUUGUAGUGAAAAAGUGGCUGAAACUUUUUACAACAUGGGCAGGAUCUGCUUUGCCAAAGGAGACCUCAGAAAGGCGAUUCAGCUGCUAAGGAAGUGUCUGAUGAUUCAAAUCCUUUUAUAUGGAAGAGACCACAGUAAAAGCAGAGACACAAAAGACCUCCUUACCCUAAUGCAGAGGGCAAGUAGCCAUUCAUCCAGGUGGAGAAGAGAAACCAUUCCAGGACGAAGGCACUGUAUAUGCAAAGGCACCGAGGCAUGACAGAGGAGAGUGUAUCAAAGCAAUGGUCUUCUGUUAUCAGUAAAGAGAAAACCUCUAUACUGGAUAGCCAACAAUAAAGCCAACCUUGUUGAUAACAAAAAUUCUGGAUCACAAGAUAUAUUUAUCAACACUGAUAACAAUGGCAGAUCAAAAGCGGAACUAAGAACUCUAAGGGGGGGAAAGUCUACUUAGCAGCAGCAUUACAGUUCUGGUUUUUAAAGAAGAUUCUGCAACACCUAAGUAGUUUAUUAGUGACCAUUUUAAUAUACUGUUUGGAAAUACUUUUAGUCGUAACUUGUUUCAGGUCACUAAAACUGCCUUGUGAAGAAACGUUUGAUCUCCUGAAAACAUUUGCCCUGGUCUCAUGCCAUAUUAGAGUCAGAGAGGGAUUUGAUUCUUAUAAAUGAAGAAACUAGGGACAAGAGAGAUGGAUUUGUUCAAGGUCAGCUGGGUGAUUAUAAAGCUGACUUCCUGAGUCACAGAUGAUUACUUUCCACCCCAUUAUGCUGCCCCCAACCCCAAAGUGGAUUAAAAAGGCUUGUUUUGUGGAAGGAAUCUUAACCAGGUUUGUUUAAAAAAAAAAAAAAAAAAGUCCUUACCUCCUGAACAAAUGUGUAUCUAGGAAAAGAAAACAGCAAUCUCAAAUCUCAAAUAUUCCUUACAUGUCUUCUUCAUAUAUUCAGGGAGAAAAGAAAAAUCGGAUUCGUGUGAGUUUUACAAAAUAAAAAACUUACUUCUCUCUUCAUCGUUUCUGUUACCUGAGCUGAUUUAAUGCAGUUCAAAGACUGUGUCUUUAGGGAUCCAAGCGUCUUCUAACAUCUCCAUAUCACUUAGUGCUUAGGGGACUACAUUUUGGUUCUUCAUGCAAAAAAUUAUUUUUUUAUUUCAGUCAUUUGCUCAGUCUGUAAAACCUAAUGAUCAACCAGUAGCCAAGGUAUGGUGGUGAGUGGCGAGUCAGUGCCUGGUCUGUAGACUGGAAGGCUUCCUCCUGGCGGCUGUGUUCUGAAUGCUUUCAGCUCAGCUCUCAGGACCAAGGUCUCAGGUUGCAGACCUGCCUGAAGGCAGCUAUAUCCCACUGACCUUUUCUGCAGUGCUUAUCAACUGGUCACCGGUCUGUCGUUGCUAAUUUUAGCCCUGUCUGGAGAUGGGCCUGCUGUCCUUACCCAGAAUAUUCUGCACUGACUAAAGCAGCCUCAGAAGAGUUGCUUCCAUUUUCACAUAUCCGGACGAAAAUGGAUUUUUGACAAUGACUGUGAUAAAAACCAAAGUACCAGACAGAAGUGGCCGUUUGGACUCUAUUUUGUGUGGCACUAAAAGUUUUAAAAAUGUUACUACUUUGGGAGACCCCAAAGUCUUAAGAUCUCCAGACUGACAAACCUGUAUCAAUAAAACAAUAGCAUACAGUGUUAACAUUGUAAAAUAAAAUGUUAUGGAGUGAUCUUGA